AUGAGGCUGGGAUUCGUCUGUGCUCUGUUUUCUCUCCUGGCAGGGCAUGGCUGGGCAGACACCCGAGCCAUCGGGGCUGAGGAAUGCCGCCCCAACUCGCAGCCCUGGCAGGCCGGGCUCUUCUACCUCACCCACCUGUUCUGCGGGGCUUCCCUCAUCAGUGACCGCUGGCUGCUCACAGCUGCCCACUGCCACAAGCCGUAUCUGUGGGUCCGCCUUGGGGAGCACCACCUCUGGCAAUGGGAGGGUCCAGAGCAACUGUUCCGGGCCACGGACUUCUUCCCCCACCCUGGGUUCAACAAGGACCUCAGGGCUCACGACCACAGUGAUGACAUCAUGCUGAUCCGUCUGCCCAGGAAGGCACACCUGGGACCUGCUGUGCAACCCCUCAACCUCAGCCAGACCUGCGUCUCCCCAGGCACCCAGUGCCUCAUCUCAGGCUGGGGGGCUGUGUCCAGUCCUAAGGUGCAGUACCCACUGACGCUACAGUGUGCCAACAUCAGCAUCCUGGAUCACAACCUCUGCCGUUGGGCAUAUCCCGGCCACAUCUCGGACAGUAUGCUCUGUGCCGGCCUCUGGGAGGGGGGCCGGGGCUCCUGCCAGGGUGACUCUGGGGGCCCCCUGGUUUGCGACGGGACCCUGGCGGGUGUGGUAUCUGGGGGUGCCGAGCCCUGCUCCAGACCCUGGCACCCCGCCGUGUACACCAGCGUGUGCCACUACGUGGACUGGAUCCGAAAAACCAUGGAGGACAACUGA